AUGACCUUGGCGGGCGGCAGCAAUUGUUGGACUCUGUGGGUGCACUGGGUCUGGACUUGUGCGAUGCUGCUCGCUAUCCUGCGGGCCUUGCACGUCGUGGAAAAUCUUGACCUCUCAUUAAUGGAUGGGAUCCUCCGCGAGAACCUGUACAUCUCCGGCGAGAAGUACAUGGCAGAGAUCUGGGAAGCGAAUCAGGCUGCUCAGCUUCAGGACGUCAUCGGGUUCUUCGAUGGUAAACUGGAUCAAUCCCUAAGUGCCCGUGGCAACGAGCUCUGGAAGGGACAGAUGCGGCUUCUCGUGCUACUGCGGAAGAAUAAGAUCGUUCUGCUGGACGUGGCGCCCGGGAAAUUGUAUGUGGAGACAGACUAG